CUGCCUGCUGAACAAAGAGUGUUCACGGAAUUGCCACAGCUGAAAACAGUGCCUGACACGGAAAGCGACACAAAAAAUGUCGACGAUGAUGACGAAGACGAGAAAGUCUUCAAAUUCCCAUAUUUGAAAAACGAGUACAACGACAGGCACUUCGAUCUCACCGAUCCCAACCAGCUGGUCGGCAAAAGUCUGCUCUGGUUUGCCAAUCAUUUGUCGUUAACUGACGACGAAGAACUGAGCAGCAUGCGCCUCAUCGGCUCAAUAUUUUAUGGCGAUUAUGAUUCGUCAAAGCGUAUCUUGCAAACAGCAAACGUUUCGUCAGCGGCGCUCGCGGUGUGCCACUCCCGGCUGGAACAACUAACAAGCAGUACAGAUGCUGACGGACAACAAGAGAAUAGCCUGCCUCCUAGCGAAGAGAUCGAGCACAUAAAACAGGCAGUACCAUCAUCUGAGUAUUCUGUUUUCAGUACAUUUAACUUAGCCAGGAGAGUUCCUGAAGUGCACACGUAUUACAGUACUUUUUUUGGGGGGUUUUCGGUUUGUGUUCGUUUUCACUCUAUUUGCAUUUUCCAGGAAACAAUUGAUAAAAAAGAGAAGAAAGACGUAAAAAUUAAAUUGUCUGACAGAAUCAUUGAGCAUUUCAAAGAAGUACAAACGAGCGAAGAAGAGAAACUUAUGGAAAAACAGCGCCUCGAGUUUCGCUCAUGGAAGGAGGAACGAGCAAAUCUCGUCCAAGCACAGGUUGAGCAAGUUGAUCUGAGGUUGCGUUUAAAAGAACUCAGCGAAGAGCGACAGAAACUUCGAGAUCGAUGGGAGAUGUUGUGUUUCUUUGAAAAUCGCUUAAAGUGGGAAGAUAUGGCAAAUGUGAAAGAUGAGCUACUGAGUGGCGAGCGUGGAAGAAUCAAGAGUAAGGAGGAGCUGGAGCAGGAAUACGUAGACCAAGUAUUUCUCAAGAGAAAUGCACAGAAGUCUUGAUU